AUGCCCCCAGUUGAGCCACCUCAAUUGCGCUUCCUUAGUGACGCUGCUAAUCUCCUGGGCUCAAGCAGCCCAUCCACAACAGCCCAUCUCUUAACGGCGCAUACUCAUAUCCUACAUGAUGAAUCCAAGUCGCUGACCCCACGCCAAACCAAGCAUCAUUGCGCCGGCUGUGGUAGUCUUAGGAUAUGUAAUGCUUCUAAGCCCACAGUGGUAAAGACCAAACAGAAAUCCCGUACCGCCAUUCGCGGGACUGCUACAGUCCACAAAUGCGUACGCUGUAAUCAACGCGCCGUCAUUCCACGCAGAAGAUCCGCCCCAAGGGCUCCCUCAAAGGCUCCUUCUCGUGUGUCUACAGCUACAGCCGUAGAUUCGGCAGCUUCGGCAGCUUCUACACCCUCAAUCUCUUCACAACAGGAUCUUCCCGCCAUCGCAUCCACCACUGCCUCGACCGAGAAAACGGUGGAAAAUGCCAGCAGUAAGAAACGAGCCAAGGCUAGAAAACAAGGAGGUCUCCAAGCUCUACUGGCAGCAAAGAAAAGCACCCAACCCUCACUCGACCUACUCGAUUUUUUGCAGUAG